AUGCGGUCUAGUUUCGUAGUCAUGAUCUCUCUCCUUGAACGGGUACUUCACUCCAUUAUCGCCAGCCAUGUAGUUCUUCGCAUACGAAGAAUGGCUCCUCGGGGUUAUCUUCAGAAUGGCAGUGCGUUGGACGGAGCGACGACGGAAGCGCCCACUACUGACACCGGCCCGGUCUGGUUCGCUUCGUAUAUGUUGCGCUCCGACAAUGAACCUGAGAACCAAGGAAAUAGGGAGCUUGAGGGAACACUGAAAGGCGACAGCGACGACGACACCAGUCAUUCUCGAUAA